AUGGCUACUAGAUGCAAAGAAGAUCUGUGCUGCACUAUCUGCCAUGACAUCUACAAAGACCCUGUUAUUUUGGACUGCAACCACAACUUCUGCAGAGCCUGUGUCGAGGACCAGUGGAGAAAAGAGCCUAGAACGUGCCCAGUAUGUUUGAGGAGACAGUCUAGAGAUCUACCUUCAGACAUGGCCUUGAGGAACGCAUGUGAGGUUUUCCUACGGCAGAGAGCAGAGCAAACAGUUUGUGAGCUUCACAAAGAGGAUCUGAAACUCUUCUGCAAAGACCAUCUGCAAUUAAUCUGUUUGAUCUGCAGAGACUCAAAACAACACGUGGGGCAUACGAUCCGACCCAUCAAUGAGGAAGCUCCAGUUAUCCGGGAAAAACUUCAAGAUAAACUAAAGCCUCUGAAAGACAAGAUUCAAGAAUUGAGUAAAAGGAAACAGCAUUUUAUAGAAACCGUGUCUCAUAUCAAAACUCAGCGGUGUACAGCUGAAACUAGAAUCGGUGAGCAUUUUCAGAAGCUCCACCAGUUUCUUGAAAAGGAACAACAGAACAGAAUCCAAGCUCUGAUGGCAGAAGAGGAGAAGAAGAUGAAGAGCCUGAAGGACAAGAUGGCGGAGAUGGACAGAGAGAUACAAGCUCUGUCUGAGAUCAUUGCAUCUGCAGAGAAGCAACUAGAAGCUUCAGAUUCCUCAGUCCUGCUUGAAUACAAGGUUACAGUGAAAAGACUGAAGCACUGCCCCCCUGUGGAGAUGCCAGAGUUGGGCUUAGGAGCUUUGAUAGACCAGGCCAAACAUCUGGGUAACCUGGACUUCAACAUCUGGAACAACAUGAAGAACUUGGUGGAGUACUACCCUGUCAUUCUGGAUCCUAAUACAGCCCAUCCAGAACUAGCAUUGUCUGAGGAUUUAACAAGUGUAAAAUGUGUAAAUGAACAAAGAAUUCCAGACAUACCUGAACGUUUUACUUCUUAUUUCCGUGUUCAGGGAUCAGACGGGUAUAGUUCCGGUAAUCACAGCUGGGAGGUUGAGGUGUCCGGUAAAGAGAAUUGGUCAGUAGGUGUGGUCAGUGAGUCUGUACAAAGAAAAGGCAAAAUGGAUGCCGGGAAUUGGGGAAUGUAUUUUAUAAACGGUAAAUACAAAGUUGUCUCUCAACCAGAAACAUUUAAGCUCUUGAAUUUGACGAAUCUAAGCAGAGUGAGACUGAUCCUGGACUGUGACAAAGAAACACUUUCGUUUCAUGACCCAGACACUUAUUUGUGCUUAUACAAGUUCACAAAUGUCAAAAGUUUCUCUGAGAGGCUGUUCCCAAGCUUUCUGACCUAUAACACCACCCCACUGAAGGUUUUGCCCUCGAGGCAUUUUUAA